GACUACCCGUAUAUGAUAAAUAACGAAUAUAAUGGCUCCGCCGAAUACGAAAAAACAAUCCGUUUCUUAGAGUUAGGUUGCAAUUGUGGUUGUUCGAAAAUGAUUCCGAGAGAAAAAUUUGCCGAAUUACGUGAAGUGUUUCAAGCUCUCUCUAGAUCUGAACAAGAUAUAUUUUUAAUGGCCCAGUUGAAAGCAAUGAAUGGAGGAGAAAUAACUGCCAGCCGACAACUUUUUUAUACUGAGAUCGCAAUACGCCUCUAUGUCAAAAAACGUAUCUCAAUAUGUUGGGAAUUGGCCGCACUCACUUCGAAAUGUCAGAAACCAUCUAGCAACGAAUGGCAUAAUACCACGCGUUCAUGUCCUGGUAGAAACGUCAAUCGAAUUACCCAAUCGCUUACACUAUUGCCAGCUGAAACGAGUUAUAAAUCGGUCUAUCGUGAUUUUAUUGCAGGUCUCGAAAACGAUAGCACUCCAAGAACGGAUUUAUGUGACACGUGCCAACAUUUUCGGAAUGGCUUACAGUAUAAUCCUCGCAAGGAAGAAGAAGCGAAAGAUUUAUUGAAAAAAUAUAAAGAACAUUUAGUUAAGGCUAAAUUAGAGAGAAAUUAUUACAACAAAAAUACGAAAUUAGCAGAACAACAAAGGAAAUUGGUAGACGAUAAUUACGUUGUAACAGGGGGUAAGUUAUCUCAGGUGCAUUUAUUUGGUAUCCAAGAUGAAGCAGUACGCGAACAAAUUAAUUACGUUCUCGAUGAAGACGAAAUUAUCGGCAAAGGCCUUAAUGGCACACUAAGCCUGGUUGUGAAAAGAUCGAGUACAGCGGGAUUAAACAAAGCUCAGUGUUAUGAGAACGGCAAAGGUUCUCAGUACUUGGAUCUUAACUCUGUGUUGGGGAUUUUCUUUAAGAAAUUGAGUGGUUUACAAAAAUAUCAGCAUUUUAUUUUUGAGGUAGCUAAUCCUGGAGUUGUCAAAGCUCAGCUGGUUGCUAAUGUUCUAACCCCCGCUCUUUUAGAUUAUAAAAGACAAGAAUAUCUUUAUCAUAAAAUUCGCCCAUUUGUUAGAGAUGAAUUUAAAGACAUUACUUGUCCCAAACCAAUACAAAAU